UUAGUAAUACAAGGACUAAAGUUACAGCAAAAGGAUAUCAUCUAGAGGAUUCACGCAAUCAUUUUAUUUAAUUUAUUCAGUAUUUCUAUAUAUUUCUGAGUAUUUCUGGCAGUUACUCAGUGGAUGAGUAUGGACUUCAGAAAUUGCUUCAUUGGAGGGUAAGACCUGGAAUUUUUAUUGGAUUAACCCAAGUGGGACUAUUUUAUCAAGGAUUAAGAUUUAUUGCUCUCCUAGAUGGACUCUCCUGAAUUUCUUGCUGUGAUCUAGCUGUGGAUAGGACUUUGGUGAGCAGAUCCUCAGCCUGUGGUGUAAGUGUUGCUUUGAGGAGGUGCCUCUGAAACCUCAGAAGCAUGCAGCCUGUGUCUAGUAUCAGGGGCAAUGGACAGGGAGAGGGCAAUUUUCAUGAGCUCAUGCCCAGAUCAGGAUUUGUUACUGGUGGUGCAGGAGCAGGAGGAUCAGGUACAAGUUCUGGGGGCCUUCAUGGCCCUCAGCGACACCCUAAAUUUCCUCGAGAGCUCAGCUUGGAAGAGCAGCAAGAACUUAGACGGAAGAUCAACAGUCGUGAGAGAAAGAGAAUGCAAGACUUAAACUUGGCCAUGGAUGCUUUGCGAGAGGUAAUGGUACCAUUCUCUUCUUCCCCUACCUCAUCCUUGGGUGCAGGAGGAGGGCUGCAACACCCUUACCUACCCCUCGGAGCUUCUCCAAAUGGUCGCCGUCUUUCCAAGAUCUCUACAUUGGUGUUGGCCCGCAACUACAUCCUACUCCUUGGCUCCUCCCUUCAGGAGAUGAGGCGGCUGCUAGGUGAGGUCAGUAUCGGGGGGACUGUACCACACCUGCUCCUGACAGGAGGGUGGCCAUUUGUCCCUGGGCCAGGACAGCUCUUGCUCAGUUCACCAGAACAGCCACUUGGACUGGCCCAGUGUUCUUCAUUGCCAAUGAAUGGUGCCCAAGUCCCGGAGGAGUCCACAGCAUGGAGUUCACGGGGGGUGGCGGGAACACCACUGUGCCCCUGUCGAGUUUGUCGGGUACCAAGAGUGGUGCAUACAACUGCUACAUCUCGCUUCCAGAAAUGAGCAUCAAAAACUUAGGACUGAAGGACAAUAAUUGCUUAAUUAAAAAGCCAAUAUGUAUUCC